AUCAAUUUUUUAAGUAAAACGGUGCCACGCCCAGAAAGAUGGCUCUAAACACGAAAUGGGACUGUCCUCUCUGUACUUACCUCAACUGGAGCUCAACCGCCAAAUGCGUCCUCUGUGGCUGUAGCAGACCGACCUCUGGGACCAUAGUACCGCCCAAAUCAACAAUAGCCAAGUUUAAACAGACCACACAGGCCUCUUUAUCAAUAAAACAAUCACCAACUCGGUCUCCUACUUGUAUAAAGGCGCCUACUAGUGGGGCAGGGGCCGCUCCAGAGACCAGGAGACGUUCCCAGUGGUCGUGCAGCGAGUGCACGUACCUCAAUUGGUCAAAUUCCUCAGUUUGUACAAUAUGCGUGACGCCUCGUAACAAAACAGCCACUCCCUCUUCUCAACCAGCCCCUCCCACUUCUUCUCAUCGUAACGUCUCACAGUCUUCCUCUAUAUUUGAUUACGCUGGCACUAGCGAAGCCACGCCUUCUCUCGAGCCGAUAAAACCUUCGAAAACCUCAAAACAUAACAAGAAACUAAGUCCCCAAUAUGAGAAGAAGCUGGCAUCUUCUUCAGUCUCCUCAUCAAAGAAAUGGACGUGCCCGAUUUGCACGUACGAAAACUGGCCUCGCUCCUCGAAAUGUGUAAUGUGUAAGACUGUACCGAGUCCUACGCUGCUACCAGCUGGGGCUGUAGGUGACAGGGAGUUUGAUGAUUUAAAUGAUCAUGUACAAGUACCAACAGCUAUCAGUCCUUACUCUACAAUGGAAAAGCAUCAGUCAACGAUCGAACGUCACUCAUACGAGACUCUCCUUCCCUCCUCCUCCUCCUCUUCUGAAGAUGAGCUUAUUAGACAGAUCAGGAAUAAGUUCACGACACUUGACUGGUCGUUCCUUGAGGCUUGUCGUGGGGUUCUCUCUCGGGAUAUAAUGGCCGUCAAAGCUUAUCUUAAGCAAGGAGGAGACAGAGGGAGGCAGUUGACGUCUGAUGAAGUUCUUGUAUUGAACGAGCCGUCAAAAUUCACAGUUGGAUCGACUCUUGUGCAUCUUGCUGUCAGAUUCCAUCAGUCGGACAUCCUCUCAUAUUUGCUGACACCUGCUCCAGUUGAAGCAAGGAAGAGACUUCCUUCACAAGCUAAUCCUGAUCUAGCGACUGAGAUUAGAGAGUUAGUUAGUCAGUCGUUGGUGUCUUGGUAUAAUCCUGGAGGAGAGUGGACGUGUCAUUACAUUAACCAACUGACAACGUUCCUGUUACCAAGUGAUAUAUCUGAUUUCAAUGUUUCCGUGACUCAAAAGAUAUUCGAAGAGAUUGUCGACCUUGAUGUACAAAAAGAAUUACAAGAGGAAGGCCCUGUUAUUAACUGGUCUAACGAGAUUACUAAUAAUCUUCAAAGUCGUCUCUAUCCGCUCUGGAACAGAACUGCUGGCGACUGUCUCCUUGACUCCGCCCUCCAGGCCACGUGGGGUGUCGUAGAUAGAGACAACCAUUUAAGAAAAGCACUUUCGGAUAGUUUAAAAAACGGCUCAUCAAAAUUUUUUGAGUACUGGAAGGAGUCAGAGCUAUCACACGCCCACGCACAACAAUUCAAUAUCGAAGAAGAGCAACUCAAAUCUGAUUGGUCGGUUAUACUCUCCUCCGCUGAUCGUCAAGGGAAGCCACUGGAACAGAUUCAUAUCUUUGUAUUGUCACAUAUACUACGGAGACCAAUUAUUGUGUACGGGGUGAAAAUGGUUAAAAAUUAUAGAGGAGAACAGCUGGGGCUGGCAAAUUUUGAAGGUGUAUAUCUUCCUCUCCUAUGGGAUUCAACCUUUUGCUGGCGAGUCCCCAUUGCUUUGGGAUACACAAGAGGUCAUUUCUCAGCUCUCGUUGGAAUGAGGAGCUCGUGUGACAAUCAUGUGACAUACCUUCCACUAGUGGACUGUGAUUUAAAGCCACUCCCAGUUAUGUUUGUGUCACAACACGAAGUGAGUGGCUCUUAUGAAGACUUGGUGAGGGAUUAUUGUGAUUGUCAUGUUACUCUUGGCGGGAUCCUAACGGCGAAGCAAUCCUUCAGUUCAUUGGAGCAGGAACCAAUUCAACUGACCUCGCUAGUGGCAGACUGGUUGGACAAGUUUGUCAAGUUAAACAAGAAACAUGAUUCACCGUUGUAGCAUAAAACACAAUGUAGCCUAGAUUUAUUGUAUUGUCAGUUUGUGUCAUUUGAUCAAUCAUGAAUUUUUAAAUCAA